CACACACACACACACACACACACACACACACACACACACACGGACCGGGUAGCUGCGAUGGCGUCUGAGUGGGUAGUGAGCGGUAAUAAUUCAGAGUUUGAGCUCAGGAGAAAACUAAAAUAUUUCUUUAUGAAUCCAUGUGAGAAAUAUCGCACUCGAGGACGCAAACCGUGGAAACUCACACUACAGCUCAUCAAAAUCACCAUCAUCACCAUCCAGUUUGUAUGGUUUGGACUCAGUAAUGAGAUGAAUGUUAUCUUCAGAGGGGAAAACCUCACUUCCUUUAAACAUCUUUUCCUGAAAAAUUAUCAGGAGCGAAAAGGCAUUUAUGCACUCUACAUGAAACAGGAAGUGCAUGCACACAUUGACUACAUCAUCAUGAGGUAUCUGACCCUGCGGAGUGUGACCGUGGGGAAUCACGCGUUUCAGAGGAUCAAUGGCACGGACACGCCCCUCAUUCUCUGCCAGCGAUUUUACACACCUGAAAAUAUCUCACCUGAAAAUCAGACCUUAAGCAUCGAUCCAAAUGUGCAGACAGAGUGUGUUUACAUUUAUUCCACAAAGCCAUUCAACAUCACAGACUUUACUCUGGACUUUAAAAGACUUUUAUCUCUGGAGGUCCGAAUGAAGAUUAAGGCCAUUAAUCUGCAGACUGUUCGCCACGAUGAAUUACCCGACUGCUAUAACUUCGGUGUCACGGUGGUGUUUGAUAACAGUGCUCACAGUGGCCGGAUUAAAGUGUCUCUGCACAGCGGUGUUCAAAUCAGUGUGUGUGCACAUGCAGACAUCUCGGGAUCCAAUGCAGUGAGUCACUUCCUACUGAUGGUGCUGCUUGAUUUGCUGGUCAUUAUGGUGUGUUCACUCUCUCUGGUGCUCUGCACACGCUCAGUAAUUGCCGGCAUGCGCCUCCUCACCGAGUAUGCUGAGUUCAUUAGUGUUAAAUGGGGAAAGUCGUUAUCAUCACUGGAGAGAAUGGAGUUCAUUAACGGUUGGAACAUUCUAAUCAUCAUCAGUGACACACUCACAGUUACUGCAUCAACACUGAAGAUCUGCAUACUGGCCAAGGUGCUGUCUAAUUACACCAUAUGCAGUAUUCUGUUGGGGACUGCAACUCUGUUGGUGUGGAUUGGAGUUCUCCGUUACCUCGGAUUCUUCCAGAAAUAUAACAUCCUGAUCCUCACCAUGAGGGCAGCGUUACCCAGUGCUCUGCGGUUCUCCCUGUGUGCAGUGAUGAUUUAUCUCAGCUACUGUUUCUGUGGAUGGAUUGUUCUCGGACCUCACCAUGAAAACUUCCGGACCUUCCAUACCACGGCGUACUGUUUACUGUCCAUGAUUAAUGGAGAUGAGGUGUAUUCCACCUUCACCAAGCUGAGGGAGAGAAGUGCUCUGGUGUGGUCAUUCAGCAGAUUCUACAUCUACAGCUUUGUCUCCAUCUUCACCUACAUGGUGCUCAGCCUCUUCAUCGCCAUCAUCACUGACACCUACGACCUCAUCAAGAAGCAGGAUGGACAGGUGUUCUCUGAUUUGCAGAAGUUUAUGACUGAGUACAGAGAUGCUCCAGCACCAGAGACGGACACAGACGCUCGUGCUAAAUAAGACUAAUGAAAUGAAUGCUAAUUACUGCAAUGUGCUUCAGGACAGGUGGAGAACAGGACAUUUCACCUGCAGCCUCAGAAGCACACUGCUCACACUGAAGGACUUAUUAUACAUAAUUAGAGCCUGCUGCAGAGCAUUUUGGGUAUUCUGUAUCGAGUAGGCUUAAAGGAGCCUACUGCAGUGCAUUGUGGGUUUUCGGUUUUUUUCUUUUGUUUAAAUCGAGGUGGGAAUAAUUUGUGAUUAUUUUCUUUAUAAAUGAGACAAUGAUUUUGUUCUUUGAGGCUAACACUAAUACCAAACGUUACAGUAUCUCUUAGCAAGCCUCACUGGUUUAUCAAAAUGCUCAAAAGUUUACACCCCCCUCAACUGCUCUAUUAUUGUAUUUGACUUUACAGAAGAAACUGAUGAAGUCAAGAAAUAAAGUGGAAUAAAAUUCCUCAUUUACAUCACA